UGGCAUGCCAUAGAGUCUGCUUCUAAAGCCUUCAUUUUAGAUUUAAAAAUAUUUAAUGAUACCAGCUUCUUGAUUUUUUAGGUCAUUUUGGAGCAAAUUCCAGGCUGAGGCUGCAGAAUAUACAAAAGCCCUUUGUAACAUCUACAAUAUCCCGAAUUAUUACUAUAAUUAUUGUUUUCUAGAGGCAGCUAUUCUGAAUUAGAUUGUGAUAUAGAAAGGUAACUGUGGUUUAUUUGUUCAAUUUUAACAUGGGGCUUGGUGGGCUGUCUCUAAAAAAAAAAGUAUUUUGCAGAUGAUUUGCAUGCAGUAAUAAAUGUUUAUUCACAGCCCAUCGAUUAUUAAUGCUUUUUUUUAUGUUUUAUUAUUAUUAAAAUCAGUUGGUGUUUUGUAGACUAAGUCCAAGCUUUCCUAGGGGCUUCCCAGCAUUUACUGAGAAACUCCCUUCAUUUGCUUGAAAAACAGUGUUUUAAGCCACUCCCCAACUGUGAGUCCAGCCAGCUGAAUCAAAGCUGCUUCAGAGUUUCCCUGUGUACCCAGAUGAACUUUUUUAAGUCUGAUCACUGACUAGAUCUGGUGCGAGUCUGAGCUAAAAAAAAGAAAAGAAACUGACUACCUGAUGUUUCAUUUUAGGCCGAGCAGCACGAGUCGAGCAUCAAGAUGGAUUACAAAUAUGAUAAUGGAGUGGAGCUGCUGUUGGCUCACAUGAAUUUAGAAGACAUCAUCAACGCUGCAGAGACUUUGUAUCAGCUUGAAGAGGAGGAGGAGGAGGAGGAAGGAGGAUUGUCGUUCGAAGAGGAAGGUCUCUCCCAGGAGGAGAUGGACGAGAACGAGGAGGCGGGAGACUUGGUGGGCUCGGGGGGCCAGCAGAAGGACUAUGUGGAUGGGGUUGGGGGUGUUCGGUACGGGACGGUGGCAGACCUCCUGUCCUUUGUCAACCUGCUCUCCAGCAUGCAGGCAGCAGCCCUGCAGCACCUGCCUGAGGAGAUGGGCGUCCUGCUGAACAAGAAGGACAUGGCUGUGAAAAAAGGCCGCUACCAGAUCAACAUGGACGUGCUCCUGUUUCCAUGGAAUCUGGCCUACAAGAACCACGGCUCUGGCCUCGUGCCCAAGGGCUCGUUCGGGAAAGUUCACUUGGCUCAGGAUUCCGCCACCAGGAAGAGAAUGGCUUGCAAACUGAUCCCCAUGGAGCACUUCAAAGCGGCCGACGUGGAGUUCCAGGCCCGGUUCCGCCACGAGAACAUCGCCGAGCUCUACGGCGCUGUCCUCUGGGACCAGAGCGUCCACCUGUUCAUGGAGGCCGGCGAGGGCGGCUCGGUGCUGGAGAAGCUGGACAGCUGCGGGCCCAUGAGGGAGUUCGAGAUCAUCUGGGUGACCAAGCAGGUCCUGCGGGGCUUGGAGUACCUGCACUCGCACAAUGUCAUCCACCACGACAUCAAACCCAGCAACAUUGUCCUGAUGUCAGACAAGGCAGUGUUGGUGGACUUUGGCCUGACGGUGCAGAUGACGGAGGAUCUAUACAUUCCCAGAGACAUGAGAGGAACAGAGAUGUAUAUGAGUCCAGAGGUGGUUCUGUGUCGAGGACACAACACCAAGACGGACAUCUACGGCCUGGGAACCACCAUCAUUCACAUGCAGACUGGUAGCCCUCCAUGGGUCCGGAGAUACCCGCGCACUGCCUACCCGUCCUACCUCUACAUUAUCCACAAGCAGGCCCCCCCCCUGGAGGACAUAGCGGAGGACUGCAGCCUGGCCAUGCGCUCCUUCCUGGAGCGAGCCCUGGAGAGGAACCCCGCUCUGCGGAGCUCGGCGUCCGAGUUGCUGAAGGACGAGGCCAUCAACCCGCCCAGGGAGGAUCAGCCUCGCUGCUGGAGCCUCGACUCAGCCCUGGAGGAAGCCACCCACACCACGCUACGGCAGCAGAGCCAGCACCACGACACCACACAGGAUUCUUCUCUGUACUCUGAGGACUCGGGUCACAUGAGGAGGAAGGGCUCCUUGUAUAUUGACCUGGGGGCUUUGUCAGGUUACUGUAAACUGGUGACAGGGCCCCCGAGCUCAGAAUAUGGUUAGCACCAGACCGCAGCUCACCAUUUCUGUGGUUGAACUUUGCUCAAAGCCAACUGAUAAUUUACUUUUUAGCCUUUUUUUUAAACAUAUGGCUUUACUGUUGGAGGACUGAUGAACAGUUCAGACAGGUGGACAGCUGCAGGCGACAUGGCUCGUUGAUGAACUGCAAUUGUUUACAAGACUCUGUAAUGACUGCAUUGAAUGGAAUUAGCUCAACAUUGAUGCUGAAAUGAGCUGAUGUGACUGAACAACACUGCAGGACGGUUGUUGGAAGCGUAUUGUGCAUCAUUGAGCAUUAUCUGUCAGCUAUCGGUAUAAUUUCCCAGAGCUCCCUAUGUAUGGAGGACAGGACCUGCCAAAAUCAAGGGAUGAAAUGCAAAGGGAAAAUCAUGUAGAAAUAAUAAAUAAAUGCAUGCAUACAUAAAUAAAUAAAUAAAUACACACAUUUAAAAACAAAUAUAAGAUAAAUAAAUAAA